AUGUCAGUAUUGCAUACAACUUUUGGAUCAAAUGAAUGGCGCUCUGAUAGAAUGUUUCGAUCGCAUGGAUUACUUAAGUGCCUAGCACAGUGUCAUGUUGUACUUGGUUUGAUAAUUUUUAUAUUGGCUGCAUUAGCAGAUUAUAUGAGUUCACGAAUUCACACGAUUCGAAUGGUUGGCCUGGAAGAAUGCUGCUCAUUCUAUUUCAUCUUGACUGGUAUCAUCGGAAUUUGUGGUUCAGCCAGUCAUCGUCGUGGUCUAAUAUUGGCAUUCAUGGUAAUGAAUCUGCAUGAAAUUCUUAUUUUCGUACCAGCAAUUGUAAUCGUUUCAAGUUUUGAUAUACAUUUUUAUCAGGCCGAGUGUUUUGGUGAAUGUGAUUGGCAUCUGUUAGCGACAAGUUUACCAGAAAAUAGUCGAUGUCAAAUUCUUUGCGGCGAAAAUAUUGACGACAACAAAAGAAGUUUGAUGACACGAUUAGGAACAGAAUAUCGUUUGGAUGCUGGCAUUAUUGCAGCAACAAUCUUACAGAUGGUACUCUCUCUUUUUUCUGCAUCAGUUUGUUGUCGGGAAAUAUGUAUGGAGUGUCGACCAAUUACGUGGAAUAAUGAUAAUCAACAGCUGGAUAUGAUGAUGCCGCUAAACCUACAGGAUAGUACAUCGAACUGA